AUGCAAGCUGGUCUGCAUAUGGCCGCUGUGCGCGAUGCCGCCACCGGCGAGACAACGUCGGCGGCCACGGCUGCCGGCGCUCGCCGUGGCGCCGAGCUUGCCGGUGACUUCUUCGACGGGGACAAGUCUGGCGGCCGCUUCGCGCUGCCGGCCACCGACCCUGCGGCGCGGAGCGCGGUACUGGCCGCCGUGGACACACGCCUCCCGCCCGAGGACGCCGCGGCGGCCGAGGGCGCCACACCGGACGGCCGCCUCACGGAGGACGAGGUUGGCGCCGCCCUCCGCACGAUGCCCACCGACACCUCCCCGGGACUCGACGGCCUUCCCUACGAGUUCUACACAACCUUCUGGUCAGAUGUGGCCGGCCCUCUCGUGGCCGCCGAAAACGAGGCCUUCCUCUCACCCUCGGCGACACCCUGCAUGGACGGCGAGUUCACUACGGGUGUGAUCACCCUCAUCUUCAAGAGCACGCCUAAAAAGCCCAUGCCGCCCGACCUGGUCGACAGUUACAGGCCCAUCACGUUGCUCAACACUGACUACAAAAUCAUCGCCAAGGCCAUCACGCGGAGGGUUGCACCGGCCCUCGGCCUGGUUGUCGACGCGACCCGGACGGCGUUUGUCCCCGGACGCUGGAUUGGUGACAACAUCCUCCGCGUGCUAUGCCCCGCGGGGCAGCGCUCAUGA